AUGCCGAAGUACAGCGAGAUGUCGGGUAGGGUCGAGAACCUUCCCGGGCACAAGCCCUUGGACAAGUAUGACCUGCCGGAGUGGUGCGCGCACCCUCUCAGGGAGCCAGCAGCGCAACCCAACAUGCUCAUCUUUCCGGGCGAGCAGACUCACUAUGCUGGGAUGUUGGCUGCCUGCCAGAGCGUGCCCCAGCUGCAGGAUAUGGUGGAGCUGGCGAGCGAGGCCUUUGACUUCGACGUCCAGCGAGUGCUGGAGGAGUGCGGCCCCGAGGACAACGCCGACCGCACGGACCGCAGCCAAAUGCUGGCCUACGUUGCCGAUUGCGUGGCUUUCGAGCUCCUAAAGCAGCAUCAGCCGGACGUUGCCCUAAAACCACGCGCGGUGGCUGGCUUCUCGGUUGGUGAGGUGGCUGCGCUUGUGGCUGCCGGGGUCAUGUCGUACGACCAGGGCCUCAUCAUUGUGAAGGCACGUGGGGAGGCCAUGCAGCAGUGGGCAGACGAGGAGGACAUGGCCGCCGUUGCCGUUUUUGGCAUGGACGAAGAUCAGCUGCUGAAGCUGUGUAGCCGUGUGAACCCUAACAUGCGUGCGCCAUCACAGCAGAAGGUUUUCAUCGCAUAUUGCUGGGGUCGCCGUGGCUUCGUGUGUGCUGGACAGCACAGUGCCGUCAUGGAGCUGCAGCACCUGUUGCAGCAGUCGUCAGGCGAAGCUGUCUUUACACAGGUGCUGCCGGAGCACAAGCAUGCCGGGCACACCCCAUUGGCUUCUAGGGUGGCAGAGGAGGUGGAAGAAGCCAUCAACAGCAUCCCAAUGAAUGCUCCCACUUGCGAGGUCUACUUCAACACGGGCUACCGUGUUGCGGCUGGUGAGGACCCAUCAGUGUUCGUUCCCUACUUGCUGCAGCAGCUCACAAUGCCGCUCCGCUGGGACUUCAUUAUCCAGACGAGCCUUCAACGUGGCAUCCGUAGGUUCUUUGAAUGUGGCCCUGGUCAAAGCUUGAAGGAGUUGAUGAUCUUCAACCCCUCCAGCACUCCCACGCAGACCAUCCGGCCGUACGAGCUCACGACCAGCUUGAAAGUCUGA